GGUCGAGUCGGCGUGUUGUUUAUACAGCGAGCGGUGGUCUACCUUGUGAACGUUCUAGAGGAUUUCCCCCAUUUUCGCAGGAUUCUUGUACUUUUUCUUGAGAUUUUGUGGAGGUUUUCUUGCAAAAUGCCGUACGCCAAUCAGCCUUCGUUGAAUCUGACGGAGUUGACGCAGGAGAAUAUUAAGUUUUAUAUUGAAGAUACUGACUUAAGUGUGGCCAACAGCCUGCGCAGGGUCUUCAUGGCCGAAACCCCAACAGUGGCCAUAGACUGGGUGCAGCUAGAGGAGAACUCAACCGUAUUGAGUGAUGAGUUCAUUGCCCAUCGUGUCGGCCUUAUCCCCUUCACCUCAGAUGAGAGGGUCGAUCAGAUGCAGUAUUCUCGAGAUUGCACAUGUACUGACUACUGCCCAGAGUGUUCGGUGGAGUUCACACUGGAUGUCAGGUGCUUGGACGACCACACACGACAUGUUACAACAGCUGAUCUCAAGUCAAUGGAUUCCCGGGUUAUUCCUGUCACUUCGCGCAUGAGAGAGGAUGAGGCGAGCGAAUAUGGAGAAUCUAAUGAUAUCUUGAUUGUUAAAUUGCGGAAGGGCCAAGGCCUGAAGCUGAGAGCCUAUGCCGUAAAGGGUUUCGGGAAGGAGCAUGCCAAAUGGAACCCCACAACUGGGGUGGCCUUUGAGUAUGAUCCUGACAAUGCUCUCCGACAUACGCUGUAUCCCAAACCAGAGGAAUGGCCCAAGAGUGAAUAUUCCGUGAUCGACGAAAAUUCUGCCCAGGCUCCCUUUGACCCCCUGGGCAAGCCUUCCAAGUUUUUCUUCAACGUAGAGGCCUCGGGAGCCCUUAAGCCCGAGAACAUAUGUCUGAUGGGCAUAGGCAUUUUAAAAAAGAAGCUCUCCGACAUCCAGAACCAGUUGACCAUGGAGGCUCAGACCGAUGCUCUGGCCAUCAACUGAGUGAGGCCCAGGCCGAAUUUGACCCCACCGGCAAGCCCAACAAAUACUACUACAACAUCGAAACUUCUGGGGCCCUGAAACCCGAGAAUGUGAUUAUGAUGGGGAUCGCAGCUCUCAAGAAGAAACUGUCCGACUUGCAGAACCAGCUGAACAUGGAGGCACAUUCUGAUGCGCUUGCUAUUAACUGAGGUGAUAGGCGUGGUGUUAGUGUUAAGGCUGAGGUACAUAUUUGGUUAUUCUAUUUCAUUUGCAUUAUUAUCAUCAUUGUUGUUAUUAUUUUGAAAACAAAUAGAAGAAAGAAACUACAAAGCAAAGGAGUUUACUAUUGAAAUAUUAUUUAAUAAAAUCAUUAGCAAAAAUUUAUUUCUUUAGAGAAAAAGUUGGCUGCUUUGUGGUACUAAAUUUUGAGAACAGGAAAAUGUUUACCAAAUAUCAAGAACAAAGAUUGUUAUCAAAUAUGUGUUUCAUUUUUAAAAAAUAAAGUGAUAAUGGUA